CUUGUGGGGCAGCAAAACUCAGCGCCGCUCUCUCUGGCGCUCCUCGCGCGGUACGUGCGCACGACGCGACGGCAGGGCGUGCGCGGCCGACGCCGCGCCGCAGACCCCUCCCUCGGGGCAGCACCAUCGGCAGCGGACGCAACAGUUCUGCACAUAGUUGGGCAGCACCCAGAGCCGCUCUCUGCCGCCGAGGAGCGCGCGCACGACGCGAGGCUGCCUCCGGCGCACGACCAGUUCCGAGAACCGCGCCCGGGCCGUAGGGCAGCAAUAGCCGGGCAGCGGACGCCUACAGAGCAGAACAGAGCCGCGCGAUGUACUCCCUCGGCGCCUACGAGCUGCAAGAACGGAAACGCAAGGCCGAGGCGGACCGCCUGAAGAAGACGACGAGCAAGAAUUGGAAGCCCGCGAAGCGCAACCGCUUCCUCACCAACAUCUACGGCAAGGGCCUUGAGGGAUUGAGCACCGCGUCCGUCGUGCGAAGAGACGCGCACAUACAAAACGCCUUGCAGUUCCCCGAGGAGACGUCGAUGUUCGGAGAACCGACAGUCCCCGUCAAGGGCGGCGCCUACGCGUCCUGGAACGCCAUGGCGCCUUGCAAGCAGCUCGCGCCGCCUUCCAUGCAGUUCCGGGACGAAUAUCCGGCGAAGGAGCUCGGCGGGCGGUUCGGCGUGUCGCGGUAUAUUGCUAGAAGCUAUUUCAAGGGUGGCGGUCAAAAGGACUACGAAAAGACCGCAGAAUUGCUGGAUAGAAAAGCUUCGCUCGGUGGUGCUCUGGCGGUCGACGCCCUGGACCCGAGGGAAGCUACAGUAUCCUUAGGUGGCGUUGGCUUACGUUUAGCCAAGGGCCCCUACUUCAACCCCGGCCACUUUCUCAGGGUGCGACAGAGACACAAGGAACUAGGCCCGCCCUUCGUGUAUAACACGCGCACGGAGCCGGAGCGCGUCACGGCCCAGUUAACCGUAGAGACACUAAAUGAUCCGGGACCGUUUACCGAUAAAACGAUGCAAGAAAUACAAUACCCCAAGUGGCGCUUCCCCGACAAGCGGAAGUUCCAGGAGCCGUUCGAUUUUCGCAAGUACCACCGGACCGCGUUGAUGGACACCGAGCAGAUGUGCGGCCUGCCGAAUUUGAAACCUAUGUCCGUGUCCGAAGCGUAUCAGUCCGCGGCGGAUUUGGAGGGGUCUUUUAGACAGGCGCCUCGCGGUGUGAAGGCGUGGAACAACAACCAGCCCCACGGGACGACGUUUUCCAACUACUCGCCGCCCAGAAGAAAGGACCCGUCGGCUCUCCAUUGCUCCUUGCGAGGUGUUUCAUUACGCGGGGCGUCGGGGGGCGCCUUCGAGACCGUCGUGUCCGAGGACCUGGCGUCGUUCUAA